AUGGCCUCGACUCCAACCAACGGCAGCUCAGCUCGUCGAAAGAAUGGGAAGGACGCCUCCUGCGAGCCUUGUCGCAAGAGCAAGAUACGUUGCGACCACGCCCGACCUAUCUGCGGCAGAUGUCGUCAACGCAGUCUACAUUCUCAAUGCUUCUACCAUCCGGCGCCUCUCUCGAGAAAGAAGCCUGCCAGCAGUGCGGCUCAAAGCCAGGAUACGGUCAUCUCAACCCAUGCCGAAGAGACCUCGGUGCCAGAAUCGAUACCAUCCACGGCAACAGCUACUCAAUCCGCGAACGUAACCCAUCUGAAAGGCUUCAGUAGCGUCUUGAAUCGUACUCGUGCAGAGUACACAGCGCGGAUAGCCGAGGUCCUGCACCAUCUUCGCGACUUCCAGACAAUAGAAGACCUUAUGGCUUCCUACUGGCCUGCUAGUCAAUCGGCAAUCUUACCAGGUGGCUUGAUCAUGCGCGGAAUGCCGGCACUCGGUCAGACAGUUGCUCUGCAUGUCUCGUCGAAUGAAGAGGAUCAACUCAUGCAGUUGGCCAAGAGAGUAAUGGACUCCACUUCCAUUCGCGUCAAGAUCAACGCAUCACUCACUCCAGAAGACUUUAUGGACUUGUUUACUGGAGAAAACCUUCGUUUGGAAUACCUGGGCCUAAUAUUUUCCAUUGCAGCACGCUCGUACUUCAUCGGUAUGGCAAAGAACAUGGCAUGGAAGGAAGAAUUCCUGCAGCAGAUAUACCAAUGCAGUACCACAUGCUUGCAAAUGGCUCGCGAGCUGACUCCGGUCAAUGAUAUGACAGUGUGGCUGGCCCAAGAUCAUGCCAUAAUGACCAGUGCCAUCGAAGGCGACUCUAGUGAAGUCCACUGGAGAUGCCAAGGCGACCUCCAUUUGGAUAUAUUUUCUCUGGGUAUAUAUCAAGAGAGCCAAAUUACAGUAGACACGCCUUUCUUCCUCGCCGAAUGUCGCCGCAGAACGUACGCUCGAGCUUAUCGUAACGACAAGUUCAUCUCCGCGCUGCUCGAUCGUCCUCCUCGAUUGCUCAAGCGUCGUUCGAAUGUCGAACUACCCCUGGAUCUUACUGACGAGGAGCUCUUGGCAGAGCCUGGUGAGCUUGCACUGGCACGAGGUCGACUAACUUCAGAAGGUUGGGCCCAAACGGGUUGCAUCAGUGCCGCUACGUGGGCUCGGAUUCGUGUCGUCACGGCAGAAAUGACUGAGGAGAUCUUCGAGUAUAGGUGGCUGCCCGUACAUCCUGAGUCCAUUAUCGCCUUGAGGGCGUUAGCAGACAGGAAUCGGCAAACUUGGUCUUCUCUACCAUCCCACGUACAGUACACCUCAGCCGCUUGGCAAUCAGGCAGUGACCCACAAAAUUGCUUCAUGCUGGUAUCAGUCUUGUUGGGGUUCCUCAAUACGGAGUUCCAACUAUUUCAGAUGAUCGAGAAACAUGAUGUGGACGCUGCGCAGCGACUCAUUCUGGUUUCGUCAGAAAUCGUGUCUCUAGUCCUGGAGCUGGGCUCGUAUCGUAGAAAGGCUGUGUACAUGCAUGCCAGGUUUUCGGAUGUUCUUCUGUAUUUUGGGCUCGCUCCGGCGUUGGUGCUCUCCCAGGCUCUGACCAAGAGCAAAUCGGAUCCUUCGAGUCUGCCGCCAGGCCUUCGUAGGUCGACCCUCAUCAGGCAUCUUUCCGCAUUCAUCUGCCAGCUGGAAAGCAUCAGCGGCCCAGGCGAGGUGAACUACGACAUCACUUCUCAUGCUGCUGGGUUGAUCACCGCUGCAUUGGACGAAGUGCUUGACGUCGCCGAGCCAGGUCCAUCCUCAGCACCAAGUGAUGCUUUGGCGACUCCACUUGACUUCGACAUGGCAACACUGUCGUCAAGCUACCCUGAUAUCUGGGAAGGGUUCGACUUGAACGAAUGGCAGAAGCAGAUUGACUGGAAUGUAGGGUAUGAUGGCUUCUAG